AUGUUGUACAUAUCACAUUCUGAUGCAACAGAGCGUCUUGCUCGUAUUCAACGUGUGAGACAAGGUAUUGCUGACAGCCAGGUGGAAGCCUCCUUACGACUUUCUAAUAUUACUAAGGAUUGUGACAAAGGGAAAGGUCUGGAGUUUUCUUCUAAGGAGCAUGAUUUGAAUGAUCUGAAUGAUAGUAGGUUGCAGCAGAGAAGUCACGCUAACCUCCGAAAACGUGAUUUGGAGAGUGAUGGCGAGUCGGAAGCAUCGUCUUCCAAACUGCCCUUCCUCGGAGGGGCGAGUCGUGAGGAAAUCUGGAAGCAACGGGUCACAGAGGAAACACCCUUCUUCUUGGAGAAGGAAAACCAGUGGUCGGGAAAGCGAGGUGAUUGGUUCAGAGCAGGUGGAGAGCCAAGAUCAUUUUCAAAGUCAACAAGCAAGUUUCAAGAGGAAACCUUCCUCUGCGUUGAACGGUUCAGAGUACAAGAAUAA